AUGUGUGAUUACAGCAUACACAGUGAAGCUUAUCUUAAAGGUAUACGUAAUAAAGUCUUAUGCAUGGAAGUGGCGACAAUAUUUUAUUAUAUGGAGGGCUUGCAUAAACAGGGGGGCGCACAGAGUACUACGGAUCAAGGAGAAGGCGAGCUGUGGAGCUACUUAAGGUGCAUGAUAGGGACCUGGACCCUCAUGAAGUUACAUGGAAAGCAGUGUAAAAUAAAGGAAAUAACGACACAUGUUUCCACAUUAAUGCGUACGAUGGAGGAAGGCUUCAAUGCUGUAACUAAUAGAGACAAAUGUGCUUGGGUGCAAUUUGAGGCACUAAAAAUUGGAACACGCCUUAUGGGAGAGGCCAUGGACGAAUGGAUAACCGACUGGAAAGGCAGAAGGCCUAAGAUAACUCAGGGCAUUAGCGCAGGAGGAUGUGAUAAUGUCGGAGGAGGGCGGAUGCGGGCAGCAAGUGCAGCAGGAGAUGGACCAAGCAACAACAUUGGUAUAUUGAAAAGUGAGAAUUUAGACAAACUACACAGGUUAAUCGAGAACAAGGACUACCUACCGAAAGCUAGGGUACGCGACAUAAUGGUAAAAGUCGGAAAUAGUCAGCACACGCAACAAGGUAAAAAAAUAUUAGAGGACGCAAUAAACACUUGGGACCACGAAAGGACUAAAAUACCAUCCAAUGCAGCAGAGACAUCAGGAACACCAGCAGCUCCAUCGGGCGCGUCAGACACCGGUACUACAGGUAAUGCACGUGGCACCAGCAAGCCCGCCACGGCGCCUACUGAGCCGGCUGCAACAUCAGGAUCGACAGCCGCCGCCGCGAAACCGGCGGCGACGAAGCCGGUAGGAGAUACCGAUGACCAAACUAAGGGGAAGGGGAAACAAUCGGAGGCCAAAACUCCAGUAUCGACACCAGGGGCGUCACCAGCCCGAUCAGAUCCAACAACUGGGAAAACGAGCGUAGUAGCACCGGGACCCGUACCGCAACCCCCACCUGCGGCACCACCAACGGAAGCAGGGGUUGGAGGAGCCGGAGCAGCAGCACGGGCAGACGGGAACUCCACAGAACCAACGGUUAAGGCUUCGGAUGCAAAGUCUCCAGGUAAGGCGCCAUGUCCCGACAGCAACGGCAGAUCUACAGGUGUCUCCAUUAGUUGCGGCAGUACCUCAGAUAGUGAUCUUGGGCUGACGGAUGAUGUUCGGCAACUCCUGCAACAGGAAGAGAAGGAGCGCGAACAGGCACCCAUUAGUCCUAGCCCCAAUUCUGGAACAGGUGACACCAGUAGCAUGAUCCAUGAUGCAUGCGAAUAUACCAGCGAUGCCGUCGUUGAUGGCACCAACGAUGACCCCCCUCCACAGCCGCCAAACACCAAUCCACUCGAAACUGUUGGACCGAAUCCCGAUGACAAGUCCUACGGAAUUGAUAUACCAGGCCUCACUGAAAAACCGUGCUACCAAGAAAAUAACACCUGCUCCUCCGGUACUGGUAACAGUAACAUUCAAGUUACUGGUGGUUUGCCAGGAGUCCAAUCUCCACCUGCUGGAACUAAGAAGGGAGAUUUCGAAUUACAGCUGACACAGUUAACAGGAAUAAGCAGUGUAACACGAUCGUUCGCACCACCAAACGUAGAAGAUGUCACAUUGAAUGAAGACAAUGAAAAUUUAUUGAAGACGGGACCUCCGAGUGGUGACGGCCCCUUAUUCCCCGACCUAACCGACACCGUCCUUACCGCCACAACCCCCAUCCUGUUUUUUCUCACUGCCGCCAUCGUGGCCCUUCUUGGUUAUUCCCUUUGGAAGUAUUUUGCGUACCUCGGAACAAAACGACGACGAACGUAUCGAACAGUGCGUGACGUGCCGUCACCGCCACUCGACGAACAAAUACUCGACCAUUUACAACGAGGCGACCUACCACCACCGCUCCAUUACGGGUACACGAUGAGUAGGGAACGACGUCGCGAUAAAUUUGCCGACCGACGACGACGCCCACCGUGCGUGCAUAAACGCACCAUCAUCGAGCUGCAUCUAGAAGUGCUCCACGAAUGUGAAGCAGCCGAAUGGGAAAACGUCAAAGACGACUAUUUGCAAAUACUCGUUGAAGAGUUUAUGGGGGGCAACAACGGGCACAGUAGUUUCCCGAAUGCUGAUACGCCAAAUGAGGGUUUAUCAGGGAGCAAUGUUUCGUCCACUGACUCCGACGGCACGGACCCUUCUGCACCUAACGAAGAUGACCCCGAUCCUUGGAGUUGUAUGGAAUCCAUACAGUUAGAACAAGACGACACUCCUUCUUCCCUUGCAUACUGUUCCGACCCCGGGAAUGCAAACCUGACCCCCGACCACACUAAUUGGAUUAACUGGAUUGACCGCAACAAGCACCUAUUGCAGGACUGCACGACGCAGCCGUGGUUUUUGGAAUUAAAAGCGGAAUGGAAACAAUACCUGCGUGAUCACAUGCUGGCAACCGAAGACAACGGAGUAUCCGCGCAGCGUGAACUCGGUGAGCACGCCAACAUCCCAUCCGUAGAGAUGAAGCAAGAUGCCUGGAAACAGUGGGUUGCAAAGCAACAUGCGCUUAUGAAUACAUAUAGUGCGCAGGUGUGGUUCCAACAUUUGUUGAAUAAUGUACACGAGGAGACAGUGCCGCAAAAAGGCGAAGUAUCAGUAGUCGAAAAAGACUUAAAAGUGGAAACAGUAAAUGCAGCACAUGUGCUAAGAGCAAGAGAUAUACCAGGCCCCCAAACACUGCAUCAGGACGCACAUACAAAGAAGCACUUACUUGCCAAAUUGUGGAUACUCCUGCUCGCGUCGGUAAUCGAACAAUGUGAAAUCGAGAGAAGUGUGCAGGAUAGGGAGUCAUAUGUAGAUGCUCUAUUGCACCAGCUCUGA